AUGUCAGCCACACUUCCAGCAUUCAGUGAUUUGAGUGAAACCUGGAGUUAUAUUCAACCUGGUUUGGAAUACAUUUUGGGUGCUCAUGGUGAAGAAGGUGUAAAUGCCGUGAUGUAUAUGAAUUGUUAUACUGCAGUUUAUAAUUAUUGUGUUAAUAAAUCACGACGUGGAACCAAUCCAGCAUCAAUUGCAAACAAUUCAGAGAAUAAUUCAUAUUCUCUUGCUGGUGAAGAAAUUUACAAGAAAUUACAAGUUUAUUUGACACAAUUUAUUAGAAAUUUGAAAAGAAACCCUAAUGAAACAUUUUUAGAUUUUUAUGUACGUAAAUGGAGAAGAUUUACCAUUGGUGCCGUAUACAUGAAUAAUGUUUUUGAUUAUAUGAAUCGUUACUGGGUACAAAAGGAAAGAUCUGACGGUCGUAAAGAUAUUUAUGAUGUUAAUACUUUAUCAUUGAUUAAAUGGCGUGAUGAAAUGUUUCAACCAAAUGCUGAUGAAUUGAUUGAACAAGUUUUGGGUUUAAUUAAACUGCAAAGAGAUAACACUCUUGUAGACACCAAUUUAAUUUCUAGUGCUAUUAAAUCAUUGGUUUUCUUGAGUAUUGAUAUUCAAGAUUUAAAGAAACCAAACCUUAUCAUUUAUGUCAAUUCCUUUGAACAACCAUUCUUGAAGGCAACAUCGGAAUAUUAUGCUCAAGAAAGUUCAGAAUUUUUGAGUACUCACAAUGUUGUUGAUUACAUGAAGAAAUGUGAAACAAGAUUAAAUGAAGAAGUUUCCAGAUCUAACAAUUAUUUGGAAGAACGUACCAAGAAACCAUUAUUGGAAGUUUUGAAUGCUUCAUUAAUUGAAAAACAUGCCAAUGAAAUGUAUGAUCAAUUCCUUGUUUUAUUGGAACAGAAUCAGAUCGAACACAUCCAACGUAUGUACAAAUUACUUGCUAGAGUUCCAAAAACUUUAGAUCCAUUGGCUAAGACUUUAGAAGAAUAUAUCAAGUCACAAGCUGCUGCCGCGUUGGAAGAUAUUCAAAAGCAAGCAGAAAACUCCGAAGAUAAGAAAAAGACCGUCGAACCAAAAACUUAUAUUCACACAUUAAUUUCCAUCUACAACCAAUUUAAUGAUAUUGUCAUUAGAGCUUUCAAUAAAGAUACAAAAUUUAUCAAAUCAUUGGAUAACGCCUGUCGUUACUUUGUCAAUAAAAAUCCAAUUGCUCUUCCAAAACCAAGAAGUCCCUGCAGAACUCCAGAGUUAUUAGCCAGAUAUGCCGAUGGGUUCUUGAAAAGCAACUCCAAGGAUAAUGAUAUGAAUGCCGAUAAUUUGAUGAUUGUAUUUAAAUUUAUUACUGAAAGAGAUUCAUUUGAAGAACAUUACCGUCGUCUUUUGGCCAAGAGGUUGAUCAAUGGUACUUCCAAAUCGGAAGAAUUAGAGGAAAGUGUUAUUCAUAGAUUACAAGAAGAAAACUCAACUGAUUUCACCAUGAAGAUGACCAAGAUGUUUACUGAUAUCAAAGCAUCUGAUGAUUUGAAGAUGAAAUUCAAAGAUAAAGAGAAUGUUAAUUUUGAUUUUGUACCAAUGAUUUUAGCUCAAAGUACAUGGCCAUUCCGUCACUUAAAAGAUUAUGAUUUGAAAGUGGCACCUGAAUUACAAGGUACAAUUGAUUCUUUGAAGGAAAUGUAUUUAGAACAAAGUCAAGGUAAAAAGAUUCAAUGGCUUUGGAAUCACGGUAGAGCCGAACUUAAAGCGCAUUUAUCUAAAGACAAGAAGAAGCCACCUUUUAGUUUCACAGUUUCCCAUGUUCAACUCAUGAUUAUUUUGGCAUACAACAAGAAGAAUAGUUACACUUUUGAUGAAUUGGUGGAAAUUGUUGGCGUUAAAAGAGAAACUUUACAAAGUCAUCUUACUCCAUUGGUUAAAUAUAAAUUACUUAAUGAGAAUGGUGAUCAAUUGGUAUUGUGUGAAUACUACCCAUCCAAGAAAACCAAGGUUAAUUUCACUAGUUCCAUUGCUAGAGCCAAAGAAGAGGAUUCUGAUGAAAUUGGUAAAGAAAUUCAACAAUCUAGAAUGUAUCUUUUAGAAGCUACUGUUGUUAGAAUUAUGAAAUCCAAAAAACAAUUACCUUCCAAUACCUUAUUGAAUGAAGUUUUGGUGCAAACAGGUAAUAGAUUUACUCCAAAGAUUAUUGAAGUUAAAAGAGCCAUUGAUGGAUUAAUUGAUAAAGAAUAUCUUAAGAGAAAUGGAGAAGAUUUUGAAUACAUAAGUUAG